AUGGCAGCAGGUGGUGUUGACGAACUUCGCGGGUCGUUUGGGCCCCCGAUUAUUGGCUCAGUUCCUCUGUUCGUGAUCUUGGGCAUCCUGACCUUGGCAGCAUGGAACUUCUACCUGACGGCUGUUGGCUUCUUUGAGCUGUGGUUUCCAAAUCACCAGUGGGCCUUCGUGGCAUCCAUGACUUAUCAGGCGAUGAACGUGCUUGGCACCACCACCAUGGUGAAAGUCGGGCAGAAGGUGCCCUUCAAGCCUGCAUAUCUUGCAGCACUGGCGGUGCAGCUCGUGAUGAUUCUGGCGAUGCCCAUGCUGGCUUUCUGGACCCCAGAAGAGGUUGGAGAGGUUGUCGUUCCUUCAACCUGGGGCUUCGCCGCCGCCCUGGCUUGCUGCGCUGUCUUGGGAUUGGCGGAGUCCUGCUUCACGUCGCUCAUCUGCGGACUUGCGGGGUCAAUGGGAGAUCCUAAGCUGAUGGGAGCCAUCAUGACGGGUCAAGGUAUUGUUGGCGUGCUAUGUCCGAUAUUGAUGCUGUCGCUGAAGUUCAUCUCCGGAGAUCCCAUGAAAUGGAAGUACCAGGUCGUGUUCGGCUUCUUCGGCUUCUGUGCAGCCUUACAAGCAGUCGGCUUGUACCUUGUUCGGUACGUGCCCAGUUCUUACCAGGAGAACAGGCAGCCUGAAGCCACGAUGGCGGAUGUGAUACGCAUCAGCUCCUUCACCGUCUCGGAGCCGGCGGAGCCGGACCCCGCUCGGCAGCUGAUCUCUGGGCAGCGCACCCUGGGCGCCGUCCUGAAGGAUGUGGUCCCUCAGCUUGUGAACGUCUCUGUGAUCUUCGUGGUGACCUUCGUGGUGUUUCCCGGCGUGGCGGCCACCUGGUCUCCGCAGCUGGAGUUCUUUGUCAGCAAAGGUCCGUUGGGCAAGGACUGGUACGCGACGCUCGUGAUCGGCAUCUUCCAGAUCUUUGAUGUGGUAGGUCGGGCGACACCCAAGGCGCUCGAGAAGAUCGGAGUUUCUCCGAGGAGGCUGUUUAUCCCGGUUUGGCUGCGGUUGGUCUUCAUCCCAGCUUUCAUGCUUCUGCAGCGCUACCCCAACUCAAUCGCAGCUCCCUGGCAGGAUGUUGUUGCCUUUGCAGUCAUGGCCCUUUUUGCGGCCUCCAAUGGAUGGUGUAGCACUCUGGCCAUGAUCUACGGGCCGUUCGUUCUUAUAUUUCCGUUUAUUGACUUUACAUAA